CAGGACCGGAAGUAGUGAGUCCAGUUCUCCCGCGGGGGGCCGAGGUUAGUGAGCGAUGUGGAGGUUUUAAGGGUGCUUCUGGGAAAGGAGACGACGUAGGAGACUACAGGGGCAGGAUAUUGAGCUUCACUUUCACGCCUGCCAGAUUGAGAAGAGUCUGGAGAGCGGGGCGGUAUCAGUACUUGGAAUCCGGAGAAGGAAAGUGAUGUAAGGACCUUUAGAAGACCUUCCAAGACCCCAGGCUCCGGUGGAUUUUGGAGGCUCCACAUCAUUUCACAUCGGAUUCUGAAUAAAUGCUCAGUUUUGCCUGAUUUCUGUAUGUUAUCAUCUGUACGCCUCAUUCCCAGAACAGCCUGGCUUGUGCAUUCCCCGAUCUGCAGUUCUUCCCGUUCCUUCAUGGAUUUGAAGGUGCUCCUUUCCUCCUUGAAUGACUUUGCCUCCCUCUCACUUGCUGAGAGUUGGGACAAUGUUGGAUUACUGGUGGAACCAAGCCAACCACACACUGUACACACACUCUUCCUUACCAAUGACUUGACCGAGAAGGUAAUGGAGGAGGCGCUGCAAAAGAAGGCGGAUCUCAUUCUCUCCUACCAUCCACCUAUUUUCCGACCCUUAAAACACAUAACCUGGAAAACCUGGAAGGAGCGCCUGGUAAUCCGGGCCCUGGAAAACAGGGUCGGUAUUUACUCUCCUCACACAGCCUAUGAUGCUGCACCCCAGGGAGUCAACAGCUGGUUGGCUAAAGGGCUUGGCGUUUGCACCUCCAGGCCCAUACAUCCUUCCAAAGCUCCCAAGUACCCCACGGUGGGGACGCACAGAGUAGAAUUCAGUGUUAACUGCACCGAAGACCUGGACAAAGUCAUUUCUGCAGUGAAAGAAAUUGCAGAUGUUUCUGUCACUUCUUUUUCUACUAGGACUGAUGAUGAAGAACAAACACGAAUUAGUCUGAAUUGUAGUCAGGAGGCUUUGAUACAGGUGGUGAAUUUUCUUUCCCAGAGCAGACAGUUCUAUCAGAAGACCGAAAUUCUGUCACUGGAGAAGCCUCUGCUUCUGCAUACUGGAAUGGGACGGUUAUGCACACUGGAUGAGUCUGUUUCCUUGGCAACCAUGAUUGAGCGAAUCAAAAGUCACCUUAAACUAUCUCAUGUUCGCCUUGCUCUUGGGGUAGGAAGGACCUUAGAGUCUCCAGUCAAAGUCGUGGCCCUGUGUGCUGGUUCUGGGAGCACGGUGCUUCAGGGGACGGAGGCCGACCUUUACCUCACAGGUGAGAUGUCCCAUCAUGAUGUUCUGGAUGCUGCGUCCCAAGGAAUAAAUGUCAUCCUCUGUGAACAUAGCAACACUGAACGAGGCUUUCUUUCUGAUCUUCGAGAUAUGCUGGGUGCUCACUUGGAGAAUAAGAUUAAUAUUAUCCUGUCAGAAACAGACAGGGACCCUCUUCAUGUGGUAUAAAGCAUACGGGAACAACGGGAUGACAGUCUACAAAUUGACUGCCUCCCAACUGGAAUGCAUAACGUGAAUCAAUGGAGUUCGAAUCCUCCUGGAUUCUAAGUAGAAUGUCUUAGAACGUACAUUAUUUCUGGUAAAUUUGCUUCACCAAAUGUUCUGUAGCUCAUAUGGUAAAAACCAUAACAUAACUACCAUUCAAAAACAGGUGUUCAUUAUAAGAUGACUUAAGGUGAUCAUACAAUGUAAAGCACAUAUUCGUGUAUGAACUCCAAGACAGAUCCACUAAAAUCUGUUUACUUAACACUCUGGGUAAGUUGCUCGAGCAGUCUUCUCCUUCGCUUACUUAUAGAUGGGAUGCGUCAUUCUAGAUCUCUCUGCCCUUGGUUAAUUUAAAAAUUUACUUUAAAAAACUUGAGAUUGGAACACUUAUUUCUAGGUAGUAGCCUCUAGGAGGUGAUAAGGUCUGUCUCUAUGUUCCCAUUCCUAGAUCAUUAAUCUUUCACCUAAAUUUCAGAAUCAGGAUGAGGUUUUAUUUUUUUUUUCAUAUAUAUGAUCAUUAUUCAUGACUAUUUUAUUGUUUUUUAGGUAACUCACCUGGAAUUUUAUUAGUAAUAUAAAAAGAAUGGUUAAUAUAAAAAUAUGUUUAGCUUUUAGAAUAAUCCCAGUUAUCAUACAAUAUUAAUUUUGUGCUAGGCAUUCUCAGGUAUGUUAUAAACACUUUCAAUCUUUAGAAACAAGAAUAUAGGUAUUAUGAUUUCCAUUUUACAGAUGAGUAAACUGAAACAGGUUAACGAGUUUGCCCAAGGCCAGGUAGCUCGGAAAUGAUGGGAGUUUGGACACAAACUCAGGUAGUCUGGUUCCAGAGUCUGUGUUCUUAACUACUUCUUAAUGAAUAUUGACAAACCUGAUGCAGGAGGUAUGUAAGAAAUCCUGAAGGAAAAUCCAUUUUAACUGGGAUUUUUUCUGGGUGGCAUGGGAGGUUUUUCUUUUGAAUUCUUCUGAACAUAUUUCUAGUUUCUCUGCUGAGCUUUUUCCUUUGGUAGUGACAAAAGCAAAUCUUUUAGAAUACUGUCUGAGAUGAGAAAGGAAAGAAUUUUACAUUUCUUUUGUAGGACCCUUUUCCUACCAGUCAUUUCCUGGAGGAUUUGGGAUCCUAACUUACAAAUUAUUCUUGAUGGUUCACCUGUAAUAUUGAUUCACCACAGAAAUAACCAGUAGGACCAAGCCCCCAGUUCAAGGGUUGGAGGAGGAGCCCGGAGAGGCGGUAGGAAGAGAAUCAGCAAAGUCUCAGAAGCCAAGUAGAAAGCUUUGAUGAGGAAUGGUCGAAUUCAAAAUCGACCCAGUGGGAGAGCAGACAGCUUUGAGAAACUCUUAGUGGCAUUUACCUUGUGGUCUAUGUGCCGGGCCCAUGGAGAUGUGGGGAGAAUAGGAUAGAAGUGUAGAUGAUACUUAAGAGUCUAUUGUAAUUACCUAUGCUAAAGAUAUGCAGAGGGCUUACAGGUAAGGUUUCCUGGGGAAAAGGGGGAAUUCAGUGAAGAGGCACAUCUUGAACGAAUGCUAAGUAUAGAGAAACAGCAUAAUGCAUUGAAAAAGCCCAAGUAAGUCAUCUGUUGUCAGGCAGAAAGCAGGAGGCAGGAAUGGUAUGGUCAGAGGUGAUGCUUAAGAAAUAGCUUGAGGGCAAUGAUUCUUCAGCUUUUUUUUUCCUUUAUGGCACACUGAAGGUAGGACAUGAUUUCACCUUUAACAUUUACUCAUUCUGAAGGUUGUGGAUUAAAGUCCUUUUGUUAGAGUUUCAGAAGCGAUUUAACAUAUCAAAGAAUUUGUUUAUGAUUGGACAUGCUUAUUGCCAAAUUUUUUUUUUUUUUAAAGAAUGCCAUUGUUACUACAAUUUUUAAAGUUUCUUUACUGGCAUGUUAGCGUUUCUAAAUAACUAAAAAUACCCCCAAAUGUGUCCUCUGUAGUUUUUUCAAAAAUGAUCACCAAAGAUGAAUUCUUUAUUUUCACCUGCCAAAUUUUCUGAACUGUUAACUUCAAGGUAUUAUUUAGUUGGAUAUCUCAUUGCUUUUCAAAUUUUAAUGUGCAGAAAUGUAUGGAGAUGUAGUUUAAAAACAGACUGAUUCAGAUGCUCAAGUAGAGCCCCAGCAUGUAUGUGGUCCUGAGAGAAUGUUGCUGCCAUUUCAAGGACUGCACGUUAGGUAGAAGUAAAGAUGGUGACCUAAAUAUGUGGGUGAGGGGCGCCUGGGUGGCACAGCGGUUGAGUGUCUGCCUUCAGCUCAGGGCGUGAUCCCGGCGUUGUGGGAUCGAGCCCCACAUCAGGCUCCUCCGCUAUGAGCCUGCUUCUUCCUCUCCCACUCCCCCUGCUUGUGUUCCCUCUCUCGCUGGCCGUCUCUCGCUCUGUCAAAUAAAAUCUUUAAAAAAAAAUAAAAUAUGUGGGUGGGCUCGAGGCCAAAAUGUGCUGCUAUAUGCCAAAAUUGUUAUGAGAAUGUGGUAAUUAGCUUUCUAUUAAACUCACAUUUAAAGUUA